AUGCAGGAAGUCUUGGAGAAAGAACGUCUAGUAGGAAGUGGCACUUGGCUUGACUGUUUCCGGUCCGAUGGCGAUGUCCCCAAGCUAGUCUAUCGUACCGUUCUCGGCAUCAACAUUCACUUCUUGCAGCAAUGGACAGGCAUCAAUUACUUCUUCUACUACGGAGCCACCGUCUUCGAGGCCGCGGGAAUGAAGGAUGCUAUCCUCACGCAACUGAUAUUAGGUGCAAUCAACGUGGCCCUGACCUUUUAUGGUCUGUACGUGGUGGAAAGGUACGGGCGUCGCUGGCCCUUGUUCCUGGGCGCCUUGUGGCAAGCCGCCUGCCUGCUUGUUUUUGCCUCGGUCGGCACGGCUCAUCCCCCGGACGAGAAAAACCGGUCCGGAACGAUCAUGGUUGUCUCAGCUUGCUUGUUCAUUGCUUCUUUCGCCGGGACCUGGGGCCCGAUGGCUUGGGUCAUUGUUGGGGAGACGUUUCCAUUGCGAACUCGAGCCAAACAGGCGUCUUUGGCCACCGCAGCUAACUGGCUUGGGAAUUUCUUGAUUGGAUUUCUCACUCCAGUGGCGACAAAGGGCAUUUCCUACACUUAUGGCUUCGUCUUUUUCGGCACAAACCUGGCAGCGGCUCUGAUUGUCUGGUUUUUCCUCUACGAAUCCCGGACCCUGAGCCUGGAAAACAUCGAUCUCAUGUACGGGCAGGAAGGACUGAAGGCUUGGACGAGCUCCAGAUGGGUGCCUCCGGGGUAUAUAACCAGACAACAACGCGACGUGACACAUUUCCGACGGUUAAGUCACGUCUAUCAAGCCCAGAAUGAAAAGUCUGGCAAUGAAACCUCGUAG